AUGAAAUAUGUUGCACCAACAAUUUGGCUUCGACGUACCGAACACGCAUCUGACCAGUGUUAUUUCUGCAUGUCAAAAUUAAAAAGUUUUGGAUUUCGGCACAAUACUAGAGAGAAAAUUGAUAACGCCGAUGUAGAAUCCGUCAUUCUCGCAAGAGUGCGAUCUGAAGAUUAUCCAACUGCUCCUUCAGAAAACAUAUGUGAGGAGAAAGCUGAUUUCAAUGAUCUUGUUCAUGAUGCCAAUUUAUCAAGAACUACAGCGGAAUUGGUUGCAUCACGGCUCCGACAAUGGAAUUUAGUUGCCGAUGACUUUAAAAUAACGGCAAAUCGAAAACGAAAUAUUUGCAUGUCGUUUGACAAAUAUUUUGCUUCACAUGAGGAUUCUGAAAAGAACCUGGCUUAUUGUGAAGACGUCGAUGCAUUAUUCGAAGAAAUUGGUCAUCCUCAUAUUUCAGAAGAAUGGCGACUCUUCAUUGAUUCCUCUGUGAAUAGCUUAAAAGUAGUUUUACUUCAUAUUGGAAACAAGUAUCCAUCUGUUCCAAUCGCCUAUGCCACAAAUAUGCCUGAAAAUUAUGACAAUAUAAAGCUAAUUCUAGAGCUGAUACACUACAAUCAGCACGAAUGGAAAAUUUGUUGCGAUCUGAAAGUUGUGGGAUUGCUGACUGGCCGUAAGACCGAGCUGCAUUAUACUGAUUUUACAUGGGAGCCACGCAUUAACUGUCAAUUAGGUCAGUUAAGCAUUGAAAACUUACCGUUGGUGGAUGCAAGGAAAGUAAUCUUUCCACCACUUCACAUUAAACUUGGCCUGAUUCGCAAUUUUGUUCGAGCACUGGAUUCGUCCGGUGAAGCUUUUAAAUUUUUACAUACAGUUUUUCCAAAAUUGUCUACAGAAAAAAUUAAAGCAGUGGUGAAUGGUUUCGUUGCAGUGGUCGAUAAUUUUUUGGGAAACAAAAAAGCAGACAACUACAAAGAAAUUGUUGCAGAAAUGAUUUCUGCUUUUGACGACAUGAAAGUACAUAUGUCACUGAAAAUACAUUUUCUCCAUGCUCAUUUGGACUAUUUUCCACCAAAUUUGGGCGAUUUUAGUGACGAACAUGGCGAACGUUUUCACCAAGACAUUUUAACAAUUGAAAAACGCUUCAAGGGAAAAGACGUCAGGCAUUUGCUGGAUGAAUAUUGCUGGUCGAUUGUUCGAGAUUCUGAAGCAAUAUAUAAUCGUCAAACUAAACGACCAAAAUUUUAUUCCAACAUUCUGAACGAUUCAGAAAAUGUUUGGGUUAAGGUGCGUACCGAAUUGCAACAAAACACUCCGAACGAACCAAACGUACUGCUCUUGCUGCGCCGAAUGCAUCAAACAUUUUUGUGGAAGUUCGUGCUGUUCGUGAGCAUUUGCUGUGUUCGUCGCGUUCCCGUUAAUAAAGUUGUGUUCGUCAGGAUGAAUGCAGAUGAUGUAAUAAUAGCGGCUGCAAUAGGAGGAGAAAAAAAGUUGUCAAGACGUCUCUUUUUGCGUAUUUUUGGACUACUCAGGGAUUUGGAUCAUUUAGAAAAUUUACAAAAUUUUACAAGGAUGCCUGCAGAAGAUUUUAAGAACCUGAUACGUCUUGUAAGUCCUGAAAUAGCAACACAACUUCGAAAAGCAAUACCUUUUCAAGAUCGCUUAGCUAUUACUCUACGCUUUUAA